CGCGUGCAGUUUUCAGUUCAAGUUAUUUUUGUGCCAACCGGCUUGAAACAAAGAAGUGCAAUGGCUCCAAAAUUAUAUUUGAUUCCGCCAAGUCCACCUGCUAGAGCUGUACAACUAUGUGCUCGUGCCAUAGACUUAGAUCUGGAAUUGCAAACUGUAAAUUUGCUGGAGCAGGAACACUUGAAGCCAGAGUUUUUAAAGAUAAAUCCUCAACACACUGUUCCAACUCUGGAUGAUAAUGGAUUUAUUUUAUGGGACAGCCAUGCAAUUAUGACUUACUUGGUAAAUAAAUAUGGAAAAGAUGAAUCUCUUUAUCCAAAAGAACCCCAGCCCAGAGCUUUAGUCGAUCAACGUCUAUUUUUUGAUAAUGGAAUUUUAUUUCCUCGAAUGUUGGUUAUAACGAGAGCCAUUUACUUUCAUGGAGCCAAAACUAUUUUAAAAGAAUGGAGCGACGACCUGAUAGAAGCUUACGGAUUUUUGGAAAAUUAUUUGGAGAAAACUAAAUUCGUAUCCGGUGACAAUAUUACAAUAGCAGAUUUGUCUAUUAUAGCAACCGUUACAACUUGUAACGUUAUGGUACCAAUAGAUGAAACAAAAUUCCCCAAACUUGCUGGAUGGAUAAAGGAAAUGGAAAAGUUAUCUUACUAUGAUGCAAACCAAGUUGGACUUGAUAUUAUAACCAGCUGGAUAAAAUCCAAAUUGGAAGAAUAAUUCUUAUUUGUCCGUUUUUUAAUAUUGUGUCAUUUUGUCAUAUUUUUUAAAAACUAUCCUACAUGUAUUACUCCAGUAAUAAAACUGUAUUUUAUAUAGGUUA